AUGCGAACCUCGCAUGGCGGAAGCGGUGGAGUGGUCGUUUGCAUGGGCGUGGGAGGCCUAGUGGAUCUAAGUGAUAUAUUAUGCCUCGAUGUGGAUGAGACGGGGAGCAUGGGUGGAGUCGAAAUUUGGGUCAUUGAUGCAAGAAGACCCUGGAAUUUGGGGAAUGUUUUUGGAGGAUAUCCCGGUUGCGCUUCGCUGGAGGAACAAGAUUCACAUCCAAGACGGAAUGUUGUUGGUUUAAAUAAAGGAUGUAUCACUCCAUCUUAUAAAUCUAAUGAAGGAGGAAUAAUCGCUUUUGAUGAUGGCGACAUCGACGAAGAAUUAACGGCGGAAAGGGAAGCUUACUUCGCACUUCUAGAAAUGCCGGAGUUGGAUGAGGAUGAUGAAGACUCUGGCUCUCACUCGAAGAAACGAAAGUCAUGGUCAGGUCGUGAUGACGACGAUGAGCGCUCUGAUGACGAGGGACCACCCCGACAGAGACGCAGAAGUAACUCUGGAUCUUUUAUAACGUCACCAAGCCGUUAUCAACGUCAACCGCGAGAUUCCUCACAGUCAUCUCGCUCUCCAUCGCCUUCAUCAAGCUCUGAAUCCCCAGCGGCACCAAAACAACCAUCGGCCCGUACUCUACGGCGUCGGUUAGUGCGUCUGAAACGAAAACACGAAGAUAUUUUACGAGCGUACUACUCCCUUGGCACGUCAUAUUCUGAACCUAUAUCGUCUAUAUUAUACUCGCUUGCAUCAGAACUUGGCCGGGAAGACAAUGACCUUCUGUGGCUUGCAAUUGUCGGCGUAUCCAGUUUAGAGCUCUCAGGGCGAACUAUGGCGGGUGUAGGGAUAUCCAAUGCCUCUGAGUCUGGAGGCUUAGCUGGGUGGGGAGGUGAGCGAGGUGAGCGCAUUAGGCAGGUUCUUCGCGACGAGGUUCGUCGCUUAAAUCCUCCCGAACUCUCCGAGACUGGCCGCGACGCUCUACGAAGUGAAGUUAGUGGCGUUAUACCCACCACUGGCCGCUCACCCACCGAUACUUCGAUACUACUUUCACCUGAACCACGAUUCCUGCUUGUACGCCAUUGGUCUUUGUAUGAAAGCAUGCUGCACAGUCCAUACCUGGCCACUAGACUUCAUGUCUGGAGCGAAAAUGGGCGAAAGCGUCUACACAAACUUCUCGCCAAGAUGGGCGUGAGCCUUAGUCAGUGUCAUCAAAAUUAUACUCAUAUGGACAUGGAAGUCAAACGCGGACUGCGGCAAAAGCUACUCAAGUAUGCGCCAAUGUAUGGGCUGGAAGGACUGGUACCGCCUGCAUCUUCGGGAGCGCAAUUUGGCACUUAUGCUGGUUGGGGCUUUGUACGCAGUUGGGGCUGGAAGGCAUGCCUUUCCGCCACCGAUGUUGGUGUGAUCAUUGGCGCUAUCCUCGAAGUCGGCAAAAUAGAUCCCACAUCAUCAGAUAGUGAUGGCCAUCACUUUCAAAAGUUUGCCCGUAAACGAGACGAGAAUGUAUCCAAUAUCGUUUCUGAUCCAGACUCAGACUCUUCCCAGAUCCUUGCCCGGUUCUGGAGUGCCUAUGAUGCGAUAUCUUUAACGUCAUCCGAAUCCCCGACAAAUCUCCUCAGCUCCUUACCUCUUGCCCAACACCUCCAUCGUGCAAUUUUACGCACAGGCACCUCUCUACUUUCCAAACACCAAAUCCGACAUUUACGCGCAUUUCGAAUUGCAGUAGUUAAGGACGGCCCGGACGUGAAACUUUUCACUAAUCCCGGCGCGUUAACUAAACUCGCACUAUGGGUGGGCGAGGCGGUCCGUGUGCAGGAGCAAGAAAAGGAAGACAUUGUGAAAGUUGGCGGCAAACGGGUAGUGGGGACACCACUCGUCCUAGCCGGCUUGGAUGAGGAUAGAAAUGUCUAUGUGGUUGUUGGAACAGGCGGCGGGGGAGGAGUGGUGGAUUUCGCGGCUCUCGCGCAGCAACGUGAUGAGAAGCGGAAAAAGAAAGAAGCGCAGGAGAAAAGGAGGGCAGAAAGAGAGGAGAGGCGGGCUAAGUGGGCGGCUGAGAGAGCGGAACAUGAGGAUGAUGAGGAUGAUGGGUCGGAAGAAGAGGAAGAAAGUGACAAUUCUUCAUCCUCUAGCUCUGAUUCUGACUCGGAUGAUGAAUUUGACGAGCGGAGUAACAUAUACAAUCGAAAAAUGGCGCGGAAUCGUUUUGGGAUUGCUUUCCAAGAAGUUGUUCACGAAACGAAUGCACGGGUGAGAAUCGACAGUUUCGAGCAUUGUGUUGUAGAGGUGCAGAAGGAAGAUCUGGGCGGAUUUCUUGAAGCGCUGAGUUUUCGAAGCGUUGUUGGCUAA